AGAGUGAGAAAGCGGAGCGCCGCUGAUGAUAUGUUAAGCAAAAAUAUAACAAUGAUAUUGGAGAAUCUGCUCAAAAGUUACGAAAAUUCACAAAUGCCAACGCAUGGCCAGGGAAUUCCAACCGUCGUAAAGACUAACAUCUUGAUCCGCAGUAUGGGACCAGUCUCUGAGUUGGACAUGGAUUAUUCCAUGGACUGCUAUUUUCGGCAGUAUUGGCGCGAUAAGCGGCUAAGCUUUCACGGUCCAAUCAAAAGUCUGUCUCUUAGCAUUAAAAUGCUAGAGAGAAUUUGGCGUCCAGAUACUUACUUCUACAAUGGUAAACAUUCGCAUAUCCACACCAUUACGGUUCCCAAUAAACUGCUCCGAUUGAGCCAGGAUGGUGAGAUUCUGUACUCAAUGCGACUAACAAUCAAAGCUUCCUGUUUGAUGCAGCUGCGUAGCUUCCCAAUGGAUCGCCAAUCCUGUCCCCUUGUUCUGGGAAGUUAUGCGUACUCUCGUCAACAACUAGUGUAUCAAUGGAAAGACGACGAUUCUGUGAAUUUUGUUCCCGGCAUGACUCUUAGCCAGUUUGAUCUAAUGAGUUUUCACCAGAAGAACUACACGUUUGCCCGACGCGAAGGCGAAUUUUCCGUCCUGCAUGUGUCGUUCAACCUCCAACGCCACACCGGUUACUUUCUUAUUCAGGUGUACGUGCCAUGUAUUCUUAUCGUUGUCCUGUCAUGGGUAUCAUUCUGGAUCCACCGGGAAGCUACCAGCGAUCGAGUUGGGCUUGGAAUCACCACGGUACUGACGUUAUCGACAAUAAGCCUAGACUCACGGACAGAUCUGCCAAAAGUGCGGUACGCUACUGCCCUCGAUUGGUUUUUGCUGAUGAACUUCAUCUACUGCAUCGCUACGUUACUAGAGUUUGCCGGAGUGCACUACUUCACCAAGGUCGGCAGCGGAGAGAUUCCACUGGACGAAGAUGAAUGGGAAGACAUUGAUAACGUGAUUGAGAUAGGCUUGAACGUUAUCGGUUCCGGGGAUGACGGAUGCGGAGUACGGUCUCGUACGGCUUCGAUACAAGAAUCUCCCCAGCGACUGAUGGCCGCUCGGCGUCGUAACUCACUCAUCUGUCCAAUUUACAAUGAUCCGCAGCAUAUGUUCAAACCGACCACUUCCCACCUUUCGACAAUGGAACGGACAACCCAAACGGAACCACCGAAGGAACCCCGUUGGAAACAGCUGUGGCUGUGCUUUCUCGGAGAUGACCAGUUCCGUCGCCGCAGACAGCGAGAAGCUACCGGCAGAGGUGGCGCAAAUCGGCACGUCAAUAGUGUCUCUCUGAUUGAUCAGGCUGCCAGAGUUAUGUUUCCUGCUUCGUUUACCUUCUUCAAUGUGCUGUACUGGCUUUGUUACUAUACCUAUCAGGCAGAUUUCACCUGGGCCCCGCUCAAGGAGCAGAGUUAG